UCAAGAAAGAUCAGGGAAACCGAAAAGGACCCUGAAAAAGCAAGAUCAAAAUUAGAACAACAAAUGAAGAAAUUGAAAGCAACAGAAAAGAAAUCACUUACUUUGGAUGAUCUGGAUGUCGCAGAAUCGGAAAUAAUCAAAUUCAGUCAAAGACAGCAGUUUGGAGAAGAAAUCCAAGUACUGGAGAAAGGUAAACAGCUUAGUCGCAGCAGUCAGCUGUUUAAAUUGGAUCCGAUUCUUCAAGAUGGCACGUUAAGGGUUGGCGGAAGACUCAAUAAGUCUGCCAUGCCAGAAAAUGCUAAACAUCCAGCAAUUAUUUCAAAACACAGCAGAGUUGCUACAUUGAUUUUGAGAGAUAUACACGAAAGAACAGGACACUGCAGACGCAGUUAUGUCUUGGCACAACUGAGAUGCAGGUACUGGAUCCCACAAGCCAAUUCUGCAGUUCGAAAGAUAAUCAACAAAUGUACAGUGUGUCGCAGGAUUAAUGGAAAGGUUGGUGAACAAAAGAUGGCAAAACUGCCUGAAGAUAGGCUCUUGCCAGAUAAGCCUCCUUUCACAAAUACCGGUGUUGAUUUCUUCGGGCCAUUUGAUGUCAAGCGGGGCCGGAGUACAGUCAAAAGGAGAGGUCAAGUUACCAUCAUGCGUUCUGACAACGGCACAAAUUUUGUGGCCGCUGAAAGAGAGUUGAGAGAAGCCAUUCAACGGCUGGAUAAUGACAAGAUUGAAAAGGCCUUGCAACCAAAGGGAAUAAAGUGGAUAUUCAAUAGCCCAGCUGCUUCGCACCAAGGCGGGGUUUGGGAAAGACAAAUUCGGACUGUGCGAAGAAUCCUUAACUCCCUUCUGAAAGAGCAAGCAGUGAACAAUGAUUGUCUUCUGACAAUAAUGUGUGAGGUCAAAAGCAUUAUCAACGGUAGGCCGCUUACAACUGUUUCAGAUGAUGUGAAUGACUUAGAACCUCUAACACCCAAUCAUUUACUGCUGUUGAAAUCUCAACCCAACAUGCCUCCAGGGAUUUUCAGCAAAGAUGACAUGUACACAAGAAAGAGAUGGAAGCAAGUUCAAUAUCUUGUGGAUUUAUUUUGGACUAGAUGGACGCGUGAAUAACUUUCACUUCUUCAGGAACGCCAGAAAUGGUUAAAGCCAAGAAGAAACUUCAUGACAGAAGAUGUCGUGUUACUAGUGGAUAGUUCUUCCCCACGGAA